CUGAUUAUUCAGCGCGGAACGUGGAAGGCCAACGAUAGUAUAGCGAAAUACAACAUAACAUUCGAACAGCUAGAGCAGCAACAUGGUGAUAGGAAGUACAUCGAGUGGACGGAUGAUCUAAACCUGCUUGAUGCACGAGUGCGAGGUCAGUUUGAAGGCACUGUUCCCACCGGGUCCCCUUCAAAUGUGAUCGGCACACACAUUCCUGGUUUCAAGAACUUACCAGCAGCUGAACUUGUGGAGGAAGGCCUUAUGAGGGACAAUGAAGAAAUACGCAAUUGUGAGUUGAAUGAAGCUAUUUUUCCAGAAUCAAGAGAAGCGUAG